UGAAUGUUUCGAUGACCAUGCCUCUUUCAGUAUCAUUUUCCUCAAUGAAACCGAAAAAACGUAAAGUGUUAAGUUCCGAUUUUUUUGCAUUUAUAUUGAGGUGAAAAUGGAUUUCUAGUUUGUUUGCGUAAGCACAAACCAAGCACUUUAGUGCACAAAAGUUCUCAGCAAAAAUGAUUUAUAAACAAAUAGCCACCAUGGCUUCCUUCAACUCAGCAACAGCGUUUUUAGGACAAGAUUCCUCCCAAUCAAAACUUUUUAGCUCUUCAUAUUUUAUAACAAGUCGAGAAUAUGAAACCUGUUUCGAAAAUGGCAACGGAUACGGACAUUUCAGCAAUGGAGUCUCUAGCUCUACCUGCGGAACUUUAUUGGGACUGCAAAACAGAGCCGGAAUCUCCGCUGUCCAUGGAGCUUUUUUCCAUGACUGAACCUGCUGGUUUUUGGCUCAAUGAUGACAAUUUUGAAAAUGGCAUAACAAUGGUCAGUGAUGAUGAUUUUGAGUUGAAACCCGGAAUGGAGCUACUCAAUGGAGACGAUUUAGUUUUGGAAUUUUGUGACAUGAAGGAAGAAGAGUGGUCCGAAAACAAAGUGCCACUAUUGGAUACCGACUCUAUCAUUGCUCACCCCAAUUCGGUAACAAAAGUCUACAGCUCCUACGAUAAUGAUGCUCUAAAAUCGGAAAAUUUCGAAAUCACUGUCCUAACCACUUUAACUCCACCACAAUCUCCACCACCGACUGCUACGUCAACAAACAUUUUGCAAAAUGCCAUCGCAACGGAAGGCGUUGUUAAUUUUAACAAUUACAUGCACCACUCAUCGUUCCAUACAACACCGGCAACAGUGAGUCCCUUACCAACACCAGUAGCCACAUCUUCAAUACACGCCGUGCCGUCCCAUGCGUUAGCGCCGACUACACCUACAGCAACGCUUCAAAAUCUACAUUUCAACAACUACUAUGGCGCUGCACCGUUUACACCCUCUGAAGCAGCACAAACCGACGACGACAAACGUAACUCACAGAUCGUGGAUGAUAUACUGAAAUCAUUCAUAAAAGAGCUUCCCGAUUUAAACGAUGAAUGCGAGUCCAAUUCGUCGUCGGCUUACUCGACAGCAUCGCGCCCAGAAUCAAUAGCAACCGAUGAAGAUUGGUCACCAGAUUCCUCUUUUUCGUCAUCUGGCAGUUCUUCACCCAUUUAUGACGGCGCUGAUGAAGACAACUCACAAUUCGUGCAUUCGAAAUCCGCCGAACCCAAAAAACGCACACGCCCCUAUGGACGUGGUGUUGAAGAUCGCAAGAUACGGAAAAAGGAGCAAAAUAAAAAUGCGGCUACACGCUACCGUCAAAAGAAGAAAAUCGAGUUGGAGAGCGUGCUUAAUGAGGAGCAACAACUAACACAACGUAAUGAUGAGCUGAAACGCGUAUUGGCCGAGCGCCAGCGUGAGGCUAAGUACUUAAAGACCCUCAUUAGGGAGUUCUACAGCCAGAAAAAGUGCAGUAAAAGCAGCAAAAAUUAAUGCGACAUUUUGUAAACAUGCGGUCGGUCAUCAAGUCAAUCAUUGUCAUCAAAUAGCUAACAAAACCCAGCUGUUCAGCCAACACCAACAACACAACAUUUCCAAAAAACAUUUAAAAUCUACAUUUUUUAACUAUUGUAUUUUAAUUGCUACGCAAACAUUGUAAUAAUUCAGUCUAAGCAUUGGCACGCAUUGCCAGUUGGCGCUCAUGACAGGACCGCUUUUGGUCUUCGAAUCAAUUUCGCCACGCGCAAAUGCGUGCCACUACCAAACCGUGUGCAUAGUGCCCAAAUAUAAACCCCAAACAACAUCAACUAAUAACUAUGUAUACGUUGAAAUUGCUUAGUUUACACUGAAUUCAAUUGUAGACAGUAACAUGCCUGCGAUUCAUAUUACAAAUAAAAGGGUUUAUAAUAUA